UGCAAUUCCUCGGAAACUAAAUUUUACUCAAGAGACGAAGACAACAUGAUUGAAAAUUAGCAAAAAUUGCCUGAAAUCGUUAACCUACCAAAAUGACAGAAAUAGAUAAAUGGUGCAACGAUUUCCAGGCCUCUGCCAUGGGACUGGAUUGCAAUGGGAAAUUGGCAGUACUAGCUGGGCGGAAGAACAUGUGUAUUGUAGACCUUGACAAUCUGCUGGCAACGCCUAUGUACGUCAAGCGUAAGAGUAACUUUAAAUGGGACGUGAGCGUCGUUGAGUGGAAUCACCAUUUGUCAAACCAGUUUGCAAUCGCUUCUAAUGAAACUGCAGACAUAUACAGUAAACAAGAAGCAGACUGGAGGUUAGACUGUUCACUGAAGGCUCACAGCAGGGCAAUCAGUGAUCUUGAUUGGUCGCAUUUUGAGAGCAACCUGCUGGCAACAUGUUCCGUGGAUACAUAUAUUUUCUUGUGGGAUACCAGGGACACAAGAAAACCAUCUUGUGCUUUCCACACUGUUUAUGGAGCUGCACAAGUGAAGUGGAACAAGGUGAACAGUGAUCUACUGGCUACGGUACAUGAGGGCAACUUGAGGCUCUGGGAUAGAAGGAAUACCAACCAAGCAGUGCAAUACAUAACAGCACACACUCAGAAAAUACAUGGCCUAGAUUGGAAUCCAAAUGAUGAAUUUAGCCUGGCAACCUCUAGUCAAGACGGUUUUGUCAAGUUUUGGAAUGUGCAGGAUAAUCAUAAAGUAGACAGGGAAUUGCGCACAAAGGGAGCUGCAUGGAGAGCAAGAUAUACACCUUUUGGUGAUGGUAUAUUAACAGCUACUGUUCCUCAACUGCGUGAUGAGAACGCGCUUGUGCUCUGGAGUCGCAGCACGCCUCACCAACCAGUGCACACCUUUCAGGGUCAUAAGGACGUUGUUCUUGACUUCCAGUGGCGAAAAAAAUCUGAUGAGUCAUCUGAUCAUCAAUUGGUUACCUGGUCACGUGAUCAUCACCUGAUUAUCUGGAAGAUUGACAGCAACAUUCAACGGUACUGUGGCGUGGAUGUUGAUAACAUGGUGUCUGACACAUCAAAAGUCAUCCCGAACCAGCCAACCAAUGGUGCAACAGCUAAUGCAAGUGGGCGUGCUACUCCUUCGGCCGACGACACUCCUUCUGAACAUGGAUCUUCCAUAGAUACUGAAAUCUUAUCACAUUCGAUGUCACUGCAAGAGGAAUUUCUGAAACUUACUAACCAGCCAUUGCCAAUCAAUUCUAAAGUACAUGUUGAAAAAAGCAGUAUGGAUGCAAGAAGGCGAAGUUGCGUAAUUGUUUCUCACAAUGCAGCUGUUAAGAUAAAGGUCACAUUCCCAGCUCUGUAUCCUAAUAAUGCUGCCCCCAGCUUUGAUUUCCUUGAACCAGCUAUUGUAGACGUGGAACAGCAGACCAAGAUCAUCAAGACACUGAAGGACACAUGUCAACAGUGUGUUCAACGGUCACGUCUGUGCCUGGAACCAUGUCUACAACAGUUGUCAAAAUCCCUUCCAAGUAUGCAAAUCACACCUAUUUCUCAAGUAAAUGUUGGAAGUCCCAGCAGUUACGGCAGCCAGUACGGGUCUACACAGAAGUCUAUACCAUAUAACAGUUUCUCCGAUAGAUGCAUUCCAUUUCCAAGGACAUGUGGGGCACGAUUUUGUGGAGUAGACAAACUUAUCGUUUUCCACCGACCUGGGACAUUCAGGAAGAGUAGCAAUCAACAGGCAACACCAAGAGCGCUUUCAGCAUUGGGAUCAUCCAAGCAUCAAUUAAAAAACCAAAACCCAAACCAAGACAGUGUUUCCUUGAGUAACUAUUACAAUUUGAGAGAAAAAAAACGACCAAAAGGGUGGAAAUCCAAGAGGAAAGGCUCUGAUCCUAGUUCAAAGCAAUUCCGGCAUGGUUCCGUUGUGGUGCACAAUAUCUCAGGACUUCUCCCAAUCCAUCGUAAACUAGCAGAAUCGUAUGUACUGAUGCCAUCCAACAUUCCAUUGAUGUGCAGUAAAAAUGCUCAGGCUGCAAGGGAAGUAGGCAGAGAAGACCUAGUACAGUUGUGGUCAUUAGCAUCGCUAUCAACUGAUCCCACAUUGAUUCCUGAUGAAAAUGUGGAUUGUGGGAUUCCUUGGGCAGCUCAUCCGUUUGGCCGCAAAUUAAUUGCCUCUUUAAUUGAUUACUACAGUUCAAUACAUGAUGUACAGACACUUGCAAUGAUUUGCUGUGCAUUUGGUACAAGAGCCACACCUCAAAGCCAGGUGGUGCAUAUCAAUGGAGGUCAUAGUCGUGACUUCAGGAGGUCAACUUCAAGUGAUGAUUUCAUAUUAUUGGACAGUAGAAAUACAAAUGCUGCUGGCAGGUACUUUAUUCAAAGUGGCUGCGAUCCUAUCUUUACUGCUGAAUGGCAAAAAGAUGUAAGUUGGCCGGAGUCGCCCGAUGACUACCGCUUCAAUUACAAGUACUUUUUGGAAUUGGAAGAGAAAGAACACCAAGAUAAUUCCAAACUAUUAGACCUGAACAAGUGGAGACAGUAUGAUGAGUUUAAGAGUAUCUAUGCUGAGAUUCUGUAUCAAUGGAAGAUCAUGGAGUCCAGAGCCGAUGUAUUGAACUACCUCACACACCCUCCUGCAGAAACAUCAGGACUUGAGUUUGUUGACUUCGGUAUCACAUGCCAGAAUUGUAAGAAGAGUGUGUUUAACAUUCAGUGUGAUGGCUGUAAGAAAUUCACCUUUAGUUGUGCAAUAUGCCAUGUGGCUGUUAAAGGUUCUUCAAAUUUUUGCCUUGUGUGUGGUCACGGUGGCCACACUUCGCACAUGGUGGAGUGGUUUAAGGAAGAGGAUGUCUGCCCGACAGGAUGUGGUUGUCGCUGCUCUUACCAAAACAGCUGAACAGCGAACCCAUAGACUACUACUGACUUAUUUGAUGCAGUCUUAGAUGUACCGUAUAUUGAAGCUGAAUGAGUUUCUGUGUUUGUUGUCCAUUCAAGUGUCCAUACUUCUAUAGUGUCACAUCAAACUCAAGAGUGCAAAUGUUUUUAAUAUUUAUCUACCAAGUUCAUACUAAUAAAAAAAAAAA